UGUUUCCGGGAUGGUUAGUGUAGCCGGCUUGUGUGUGUGCUAGUGAGUGAGAGAGAGUGUGAGUGCGAGAGAGUGUGAGUGCUGGGUGUUCGGGUUCUCCCCCCCCCCCCCGUGUUCAAGGACGAGGACGAGGAUGUGGAUGAGGGGUCUGAGUGAAACAUCCAGUCUUGACAGUGGUGAAAGAGUGAGAACUGCGUGUCUUGGCUGUUGGAUUGUGUUUAUUGAUAUAUAUUUGAAGUUGACGCAGUGAGUUGAGUUGUGGUUCAGGUCGCUGGGACACUGCGGCUGCACUGUGGGACCACCCCGGGAUUUCAUCACAGGCCUCUGAAUGAAGUGAGCUCAGAUGGACCGCAUGAAGAUUAUUAAGAGACGCUUGUCUAUGAGCCUGCGCAGCGCCCGGCCAGUGGAUGAAAACCUGUCAGAGCUUGCCGAACAUGCAGCAGCAGAUGAGCCACCUACGGCACGGGAUAAUGAGACCAUGGUUUGCCCCGUGCCCCCUCCCGCAUCCCAAAGUGCCCCUUCGUUCUUGCGCCACUACGCAGGGGGUUUGGGGCGCGGAGCGAUGCGUAGAGAUGGCCUGGACCGACCCUACCUUUCUCUUCACCGGACUGGCUCUCUUGGAAUAGUACAUGAAAAUGAGAAAAUGGGAUCCGAUGGAGAGAGUGAUCAGGCGUCAGGGACUUCAUCGGACGAGGUGCAGAGUCCUGUCCGAGUGCGAAUGCGUAACAAUAACUCACGGCGUAUCUGCAAUGAGGACAUUAAUAAGCGUCUAUCACUGCCAGUGGAUAUCCGUUUGCCAGAGGGCUAUCUGGAAAAAUUUGCUAUGAACAGUCCUCCCUUCGAUAAACCCUUGAGUCGGAAGCUACGGCGAGCAUCCCUGUCUGAAAUCGGCUUCGGGAAACUGGAGACAUACAUCAAAUUGGACAAGCUCGGUGAAGGAACCUAUGCAACAGUGUAUAAGGGGCGCAGUAAGCUGACUGAUAAUCUUGUGGCUCUGAAGGAGAUUCGGCUGGAGCAUGAAGAGGGUGCACCAUGCACUGCUAUUCGUGAAGUAUCCCUCCUGAAGGAUUUAAAACAUGCAAACAUUGUCACUCUUCAUGACAUCAUCCACACGGACAAGUGCCUCACACUGGUCUUUGAGUACCUGGAAAGGGAUCUAAAGCAGUACAUGGAUGACUGUGGGAACAUCAUGUGUGUUCAUAAUGUCAAAAUCUUCCUCUUUCAGCUGUUGCGAGGACUAGCAUAUUGCCAUCGCCGCAAGGUUCUACACAGAGACUUGAAACCCCAGAAUCUUCUCAUAAAUGACAGGGGAGAGCUCAAGCUCGCUGAUUUUGGUUUGGCUCGAGCCAAAUCUGUACCUACUAAGACAUAUUCUAAUGAAGUGGUCACACUCUGGUACAGACCACCGGACGUGUUACUAGGAUCAACAGAGUACUCCACUCCUAUUGACAUGUGGGGGGUUGGCUGUAUAUUCUAUGAGAUGAUAACAGGACGGCCUCUGUUCCCUGGGUCUACAGUUGAGGAUGAACUUCAUCUCAUAUUUCGCAUCCUAGGCACUCCUACUGAGGAGUCCUGGCCAGAGGUCAGUACCAGUGAAGAGUUCAGAAACUAUAACUUCCCUCGAUAUCGCCCUGAACCUCUUGUCAAUCAUGCACCCAGGAUAGACAGUGAUGGCAAUGACUUAAUUAUGCAGUUCUUACAGUUUGAGGCAAAGCAGCGUGUUUCAGCAGAAGAAGCUCUCAGGCAUCCCUACUUCAAGAGUUUGGGGGAGCAAGUGCAGCAUCUGUCUGACACGUCCUCCAUCUUCUCUGUGAAGGAAAUCCAACUUCAGAAGGACCCAGGAAAACGUACAAUAGCAUACUCAGAUUCAGAGAGAAGGAGCAAAACUGAAUCCAGCCCCCUCUUCCCCCUCUACGGGCUGACUCAUUAUACCACUCUGCUCAGGGGAAGGCCCGUCGACAGAGUGUAUUGUUUUAGAAAUGGGUCCUAACUGAUGACAUCACUCCUAAUGCACAAACAGAAUACUUUACCCCACCACAACAAAGGAGGAAGAACGUGAAACCUCUAACCACACGAAGGAGGAAAAAGACAUUUACAGACAUUUGAUCUGAGGAAAUCUUCACUACACAGUCAAGAAAUAGAAUUGCAAUAGAUGGAAUAGCUUCACUCAUAACACACGUACAACUUGUGAAGGAAUAUGAGAACCAUCUACAGCUGCUCAUAAGGAUACAUACGUUUAUUCUUAUAAUCGAAGAGACUGAUAUAAAGGAAGAGGAGACAAAUCAAGAACACUAAUAUUACCCAGAUGGGAUAGUAAUAUACUUUAAUCCAGGUCAUGCUGCAUAGCCCGCAUUCGUUUAUAUAAACCUUAGCAGUAUACCUCAUUCCUCUCCGUGCAUCCAGUAUUGAUUUACCCAUCUGGUUGUCCUUCUUAGUGUGUAUAUUGGCAUGCUGGAAAGAUUAGUUGGAAGUCUCUUGUGUGUAUAGUUGCAUUAUGUUUAAAUAUUGCUGUUUAGUAUUUUCAGUAACCCUUAAGAAACUCUCCAUCCCUACAUGACACACACUGCUGUGCUGGUACGAACUGUGGUUUCAAAUAACCAUGGCACCUUACACUAGUUAAGCUCAGGCUGUCUUCAGUAAAUUCAUAAUUAACUAAUGACUUUGGAGGACUGGAAGCUGAAUGAAGAUAUUGACAUGACACUGAAUUACACAGUGCAUGAUCAGCAAUGCUAUCUUUAUAGUGUGCACUACAUGACAAUUCUGAACACUUCAGAGCUGUUUUGGAUGCUGUCCAAACAGGAAGGGGUAUUGCAAGACUGAAGAGUAUUAUGCUACUUCAAAGUUCUCACUAGAUGAAAAGUACUCCUUGUGGGUAAGCAGUUAGACUUGCCCUGUUUUGUGUAUAAUUAUUAACUAUUUUAUCCUUUCUCUCAGCUCACAUUAUCUGAUUCUUCUCCAUGUCUUAUACUGUGCCCUCCAUAAUUAUAUGGACCCUUCAUGGAAAUGAGUAGAAAUGAAUAUAUAAAAAGAAUAACACAUGCAAUAAGUGAUUUUUUGAGCUCAAACAUGCAGGGAUAACUUGUAUGUUUUUUUGUUUUGGUUUUUUCCCCGUCAAACUCAAAGUUUUAAGUAGGGCAUAUUUUUCUAUAAAAUGCUAGUUUCAAAAUUAUCAGCAUCCUUAAAGUUAAUAGUUUGUGACAACAAAUAACAGCCCUGGGUCUCUUCCUGUAAUAUCCUACAAGGUUGGAGACACUUUAAGAGGGAUGUUGGUUCACUCCUCCUUGCAAAACAAACUAAGCUCCUUUAUAUUCUUGUGUUCAUGUAGGUGCAAUUCAGACCACAGGUCUUCAGUAGGCUUCAAAUCCAGAGACUGACAUGUUCAUUGCAAAACAAUGGUUUUGUCUAUCUUGAACCAGUCCUGUGUUAAUUUGGAAAUAUGUUAGGCCAAGUCUGAAUGUCCUGGCAGAGGCAGUCAGGGGUUGCGCUGCAAUAUCCUGGUACUUAGCAGAAUUCACAAUGCCACACGGACCCCAACGCAUGAAUGAUCCACUGCCAUAUUGGAUCAGAUGCUCAGACAGUGCAUCAGAUGCUUUUCAUUGUUUGUGGUCGCCUUUUGUUGGCAAACGUGCUGAUUGUAUGCAUGACCAAAACAUUUUGGUCUCACCUGACCAUAACCCACCAUGACACACCAUGCCGGUCAUAGUUCUAAUGACACUUGGUAAAGUUCGGAGAAUCAUUUUUGUUAGAUUGUCUCAGAAAGGGCUUCUUUCUUGCAAUUCUUCCAAACAGCUCAUUAUGAAAGUAGUGUUUAACAGUUGACUUUCAAAUUUGACAAUCAAAGGAAUUCUAAAACUGUGAUAUUUGAGCUGUUUUUUCACCAUCCUCCUCUUAAUGUGCACAUGGGUCCAGUUCCUAGUAAAUUUCACAGCAAAUUUCCAGCUGUGUCAGACAUAUAAACUUUGUUACAGUCCUAAUGUUACAGUCCUACAGGCUUAAAGGUAAUUUUUUUAAUUGCUUAUGCAUUUUUUAUAUCCAUUACCUGAUUUGUGCAGUACCAGGUCUCUUUUGUGCUGAAAGUUAUUUGGUUUUUCCUAUGGUAAUGCAAAGUUAUAUUUAUACACAGGGAAACAGAACAUGGCAAAAACAGAGAGUCAGUACUUUUUGAUUUUUGAGAGAAAAUACUUUUAUUAAGAAAGUAAGUCUACCCAAUUUUGUUUCUCAUAUUGUUUGAGUAGAACAUUUUAGUUUAUAUUUUCUACAAUCAUUUUUGCUCAUUUUUGAUGGGUGAUGGGGUCAAUAAUUCUGGUGGGCACUGUAACUUCCCCAUGGGUGCUGGGAGUCCAGUUAUCCCAAUAUCAUCAUUGCACAUAUAUAAUCGAUCCUUUAUUUAUUCAGGUUAGUGCAAUUGAAAUGAAAAACACUAUUUUUUUUCCAGUAUUCACAAGUACCAAUAUCAUAAUGGUUCAGGAGCCCUGAACACUACAGGGGGCAGCUGACAGUUCAGAUGAUCUUAACAAUAUAGUGUUUUUGGGGAACUGCCCAGAUUGCCCAGGCAAGCAUUUCUACUGAGAGUUAUGUGCACUGGUAAAACACUGCUCAGUUGGUUAGCAUAGCCAAGGACUAAAUUGUUUGAUGUAAUUGUUUUUUGUUUUUGUUUUUUUGUUUUUUUUCCUUUAGUGCUUCUUACAUUACUUUUUUUCUCUCUUGCAAUACUAAAGAAAUGAAUACAUUACUAAAAAUGCACAGAACGUUCGGCUGCCUUACAUGCUCGGCCAAAAAUAACGAAUAAUUUGGACUUGGCCAAAUGAGUAAUAAUGUGGAAUAUUUUGACUGAGUAUGUCUCACUGUUGUGUUUUUUUCUGCUGUUUGUUUAUAUCCUUUUAAGUCAAAUUAGACUAUGACAGCAAUACAGUUGCAUCGCUUAAUAAAUAAUUUAACCAAGCACUGUUAAUGGUACAGUAGUUAUACAGUAAUUUUAUGUUGCAAAGGAUUUUGCUGAAUACAAAAGAGUUUAUGGCUUUACCUUUCUGUUCUGUUUUGUUUUUCAAAACAUUGUGGUUUUCUAAUUCAGUUUCACUGAUGAGAAUAAAAUUGCAUCGCCAUCAUUUAUGCAACAAUCCAGACAAUUUGGCAAAUCCUGGUAUUGGUACUUACAUAAUAAUGAAUGCAAACAUCAGAUUGAGGAAACAACUAAACAAGCUUUGCAAGUUUCCAACUUUAAACGUUUGUUGCCAAUCAAAGCAACACGGAUGGAGCCAAAUGCAUGCAAAUUGUCAAAUAGAACCUGUUCCAAUCAUCCAGACAUCUGUAUUUUCGGGUAAAAAUAUAUGCUCCAACAGGACAAUGAGCCAAAGCAACAAGGCAAAAACGACAAAAGAAUGGGUUGAAAAUAAGAAGGUGUGCAUCUUGGAAUGGUUAAAUCAAAGUCCAGACUUAAAUCCAGCUGACAAUCUGUGGCAUGAUCUGAAAAUUGCUGUCUACCAAAAUUCUCCAUUUAAUUUGAGUUGCAGAAAAUUUGUAUUGAGGGAUGGAAGAUGCCAAAAAUCUAAUUGUCCAAAGCUUAUAGAGACACAUCUGAGUCAACUCAAAUCUGUGAUCACUGCAAAAUCUCAAUUCACCCUGCCGUGGUGAAUACUUAUCAAUUAAGCAGUUUUUAGGGUUUUUUAUUUUAUUUUUCAAAUACUGCAGACAUAUGAAGAAUUUAUUUAAUUUUAUUUCUGUAGAGAGUUUAUUUACUGUAGGACCAGUAAAA